AUGAGUUUUGCUAAUUUGUUACGAAAUUCGAGAGCUGCUACUUUGACAAAAUGUUUUCAGGAAUCUAGUCCAUCUACUACACAUAACGGAGCUCGUGGAGAUUGGGGUUGUAAACGAAAUUUGCCGCGGAUAAGGACAAGAUAUAUAUCCGUAAAUGAGUUGGAUAGUGUAUACAACCAAAUGGAAUUUCAGUCGAGUGCUCGAUUUGUUCGCCUUUUACGGAAUUGGUUUGAUGCUGGGUUCGUAAGGGAUCCGGCAGAGCAGGCAAUAACCCAAGAGUUGGUAAAGGAAUCCAAACCCAUCCAGUCAAAUUAUCGCAAUCGAUUUGGUUUACAAAAUCAGAGGUCGAAUGAUUCCAGUCCUAUAGAAAAUUCCAAUUUUAGGAGGUUUAAUGUUGCGGCUGGUAUACAGUACAGUAAUGUACCUUUAAUAACUUCUCACGUUACACCUAAGUACGAGUCUAAUUGCGGAUAUCAUCGCCGCAAACUAAUCGCGCAUACCUUAAAUUCAGACGCUUCUACCGCACACUACGGGUUAGGAGGUUUGAUUCUUAGGUUGCCCAAGACUCGCGUCAUGUCUCGAAAUAGAACUUUACCACUUUUCUCUAAGGAAUACCGCAUAUCGUAUACCAUGUACAAAAAUGGGCAACUUCGUAUUGAACCUUAUUCAGGACCUUUUCUUGGAGGACAAGGAGUCUUUGCUAUGGAACCUGAUGAGUUGAACUCCUUUUUUCAUAAGGAUUUGAAAUCGGUAGCCGAAGAACCUGUUAUGACAAGUAGUAUUCAAAAAGUAAGGAAAAAUCCGGCAGUCAAGUUGGACGUUGAAGACGAAUUUGAUCCAUCACCCAAAACUCCAUUGUAA